UGCCUCUCCUCUCUUCCAGGCUGGGAUUCUGGGCAGCGGCCGCCAGGUGCUGCUCCGCCCACCCCGCUGAGUGGCCGAGGAAGCGGGAUGGGCCGGGCCGCCGCCAGCAGGACAUGAACUGAGCCAGGUGGUGAGGACGCAGCCUCGGGACUCUCGCAGAGGCAGCUCGUGGAUGGCCGCGCAGCAAGCCUGAUGGAACAGGACAGAAGCAGCCAUGCGGCGGGCGGCACACUCAGUCCGUUCCUGGUCCCAGCGCCCGCUCCCUGCCAGCCCGAGCCUCUGGCGGCCAAGCUGCAGAACGGAAGCCCAGCCCCCGAGGCGAACGGGGACACCAGGUGGCAGGCCCUCAGGAGCUGGCCCGGGGUCCCCCCGAGCGGCCGCGCCAGUCCCGACUUCCUCCACGAGGGCAGAGGCUUCUCCUGGUGCCUGGAAAACGGGGGGAUAAAGCGCACAGUCAGCGAGCCGUCCCUCUCCGGGUUCCAGCAGAACAAGAAGCUGAGACAAGACCAGAAGGCCAGCAGAGAACGAAACAGCUGCGGGGAAAGCCCGGAGAGGAGCCCCGCCGGAAGCAGCAGCCAGCCGGCCGCCCCCGAGGCGAGCGAGAACAGAGAACCCCGGAGCUCCGGAGCCCGAGAAGACGCAGUUGAAGAUCCCGCCACUUCUCCAAGGCGCGACUGCAACGGGCCAGAAAACCCAGAGUACCGGGUUCCGGGGGAGCAGGAGCAGAAGGGUGCUCAGUACCGAGACGAGAACAUUGCGUUACUGCUGAAGAACAGGGCCGCCCUCGUGCCCAAUGGUGCUACAGAUUCUGCCUCUUCCCUGGAGAACACGCGCGAUGAACGCCCGGAGGACACCCUGUCCCGGUGCGACCCGGAUUGUAUCUCCGUCCCGCUGCAGAGAGCCGCAGCCUGCAGCCACGCCGAUGCCAGCCUGGCCUCUCCUCCCAAGGCGCCCUGUGCAGUCGCCCCGCCAUCGCAUACCUCAGGGCAGAUCGAUCUGCCCCCAGAGCCAACCGCGGUGGCCACCGAGGCCUGCAACACAGGCCGCGCCAGGCCGCCGGCCGCGAUUCCAGAUACCUGCCCCUUCCAGAGGCCGGUGCAGCAGCAGGAGCCGGAGAACUGCCCGGGUCCCGCGCAGACCAGUGAUGGUGCCCAGGGAAACUCGGUGCUGGCGUCUGCCGAGGGGCUGUGUUCAGGGUCCAGCAGCAACUGGCAAGCUGCUGGAGACAGCUCCCAACAGUAUUUACAGCAAGACAAAACCAAUGGUGCUUACUUCAAGCAGAGCUCAGUGUUCCCUACGGAACCCACGACCACACCACCUCUGCCGCAGUUGCUUCUCCCCCCACCUCCCCCUCCGUCUCCUCCUCUUUUUUCCGCAGGAAAAGCCACGCUGCAGAAUGCAGUUUCAGAAGAACACCACCAGUUCCCCAACCAAAGCAGCGUAACUCUCCUAAGGGAAGUAAAAAUCGAGGCUGGACCUGAGGCUCCCCCACCCCCAAGCCCCAGUCCCUCGCCUUGUGCGUCCGGCCCGGCCCCGAGGCUUCUGGGAGGGCCUCGGGGUGAUGGUGCCCCUCAGAGCGGCUCAGGCCUGCCAGGGCCCAUGCCCGCCUGCGCCCAGAGAGCCGAGCCAACACCAGACCGCGUGGACCCCCUCCAGCUCAACCCCCAGGCCCUCAGUCUGGGGAGAGAGGCGCAGAACCCCUGCCCGCCACAGCUGGGACCCAAAGAGCCCGAGAUUCUGCAAGAUCAGGCCCAGCAGCAGGCUCGAGGUCUGGUGCCCUCAGCCCAGCACUAUGUGAAACCGGGGUGGAUCGAGCUGAAGACCCCUCCCGUUCACCAAGCCCAACCCCAGCAAACAUGCAGCGAGCCGUCCCUGUGCUCCACGCUGCAGUACCAGCCCCGACCUGCUCUGCACCCGACCUCUAGGCCAUAUACUGGAAACCCCGCGCCUGGGGCGCUGGUGGGGCCGGCUCAGUCCCCGGUGCUUCGUGGCGAUGGGAGGCAGGGCCAGCUGCAGGGCACCGUGGACCAGCAGCUCCAGCUCGCACUCCCCUCCCGCCAGCGCCACGUUUCCAAGGCGGACCCCUCCCCUGACGCCCGCGCACAGGCGCUCUGCGGCCCUCCGUAUCGUUUCCAGCAAGCUGCAGAUCCCCAAUCGGAGAGAAUCCUGUCCCCGUUGUUGAGACGGCACUUGAAUCUGACUGCACAGCUGGACCUGUUUUCAAGCUCGCACCUUAUGCAACACAAGCCCUCAAAGCAGGCAGCACAAACACAACCACCCCAAAACUCACAAUUCCCGCAAAACCACCACCAGCAGCAACAGCAGCACAGACUACAAAUGAAGAAUAAAGAACAAACGCCUCCGACUUUUCCUCGCCCCCAAGGUAACAGUGAACUGCAAGGAGAGGGACUGUUCUUUGGCCACAUUAAAGUGGAAGAAUGCUCCGGCGGGGAGAGCCAGUGUUCAAAAGCGCGUGCGUUCCAGACUCAGAACGCCCAGGCGGGAUUGGAGCAAGGACGGGAUGUGAGCAGUAGGAACUCCCCCUAUGGCCAGAUCUUGAAAUCAAAUGCAAGCCAAACCCAGAUUUCCUGUUCGAACAACGCACACGUAGUUCCAGAGAAUAAAGAACAAGGUACACCUUCCGAACCCCCUGCGGGAAACAGGACCCAGCACUUGCCGUACCUUCCACACGCUGUGCCUCUGAGGCCAGGGGUCCUGCACGGCUGCUUUCCAGAGCAAGAGCAGAAGCAGCCGCAAGCGCCGGCUCUGCAGGGCUACACAAGCAGAAGCCACGAUGAGUCUGCACAGCAGGCCGCACAGCUGGUGCAGCAGAGGUACUCGGUGCACAACCCAGCCAAGGCUUUCCCUGCGCCCGAGCAGGGACGAAGUCACACUCAGGCCCCUCCCCAGAAGGACAUUCAGAAGCACGCGGCACUGAGGUGGCACCUCCUGCACAGGCAGGGACAGCAGCAAGCCAAGCAGCCCCACGCGGAACCUUGCCCCCGCCCGAUGAACAGGCCGAUCAAGCUAGAGCCCGGGUCCACGCCCCACGCCUGUGCUCUCCCCGGGGCCGGGCAGCAGGACCCCAGGGUGUGGAAGAAGCCGAGCAAGCAAGAGGCUCCUGCCCUGGGCUGUGAGCAUGCGCAGCCCAAGAGCAUCCUCGAGACCAUGGAGCAGCACCUGAAGCAGUUUCAGGUCAAGUCCUUGUUUGACCAUAAGGCUCUGGCCCUCAAGUCACAGAAACAAGUGAAAGUCGAGACAUCCGGGGCCCUCAUGGUGCUGUCCAGAAAGCUGAGCGCCUCGGAGCUCAGUGGCCUGGCCUCCUCGGGAGAGCCGCAGGCAGCCCCUUCCGAAAAGACGCCAACCAAAAGAACAGCUGGCUCUGUUCUCAAUAGUUUUAUAGAGUCACCUUCCAAAUUACUAGAGACCCCGAUAAAGAAUUUAUUGGAUACACCUGUCAAAACUCAGUAUGAUUUCCCGUCGUGCCGAUGCGUAGGUAAGUCCAGAGGAGCCGACGCGCACGGCGCUUACCUGGAAUUAGCAGAUUUGGCUUCACAUGUGGGGUUUUCUUUUUCUUUUUAAAAAAAUAUCGAGUCUGGGAGCGAUUUGUAAAGGCUCAUAACUCUGAAUCUUACGUUUUUGUCUUUAAAUGACCGAUUUGGGUGCUGUGUGAGAGAAAACCUCACGUGCAGUUUUUUUCAAAAAAAUUGAAGCAAUUGUGUGCGUUCACACCCCUCUCCCAUUUAGACCUUUUAAAAUACAAAUGCAUCUGUUUUAGGUUAAUCCCUCUAUUUAAUUCUGAAAUCAUUCCGGACAGACACACAGCCGAGGGGAGAAAAGGAAAAAUGUGUUACCCUUUAAAAGUAACUACCACAU